UGCACCGCUCCUACUUCUCUCUUUCCGGCUACCGUCAUCUCUGGAUUCUCCUCUGCCUGUACUCUAUGACAUGCUUGUUCGUCGUCGCUCCCUGCUUGGUUUCGCGCUCGUGGUCGCUUUCGUGCUAGUCACAAUCUAUACAGUCUCAUCCAGCCUCCGCAUCCGCAACUUCAUCUCCUAUUCCACGCGCCCGCUCUGGGACAAGCCCCUCGGUCCGCACACAACUCUCCCCCACUACUACGCCGAAGGCGUCGCCUUCGAUGCACACCUCUGUGCGCUGCACGGCUGGGGCCCGCGCGCCGACCCGCCUGAGGUCUGGGACGCCGUCCUGUUCAGCUCCGAGCUCGACCUGCUCGAGAUCCGCAUGCACGAGCUCGCGCCCGUCGUCUCCAAGUUCUUCAUCGUCGAGGCCGACCGCACCUUCACCGGGCGCCCCAAGCCCCUGACCUUCCAGGCGAACGCCGCGCGCUUCGCGGCCUUCCAGGACAAGAUCGUGCACUCGGUGUUUCAGGGGCGCGAGCUCGAGCCGGGGGAGAGCCCGUUCGUGAAUGAGGGCGCGCAGCGCGGGCACAUGAACGAUCUCUUGCGCCAGCAUAUGCGACAGGGUGCGCCGCCUCCGCUCGUGCUCUUCUCGGACGUGGACGAGAUCCCUGCGGCGCACACUAUGCGGCUGCUGCAGGCGUGCGAGGCGCCGAACCCGAUUCACUUGCAGAUGCGCGAGUAUUUGUAUUCGUUUGAGUGGCCUGCGGGCGAGGGCAGUUGGCGCGCGCAGGUGCACCGGCUGGGCACCGACGGGAGCGGGUACAAUCACGGGCAGGUCGCGGAGUGGAAGCUGGCGGACUCGGGGUGGCAUUGCAGCUUCUGCUUCAGGCAUCUGCAAGAGUUUGCGGACAAGAUGAGCGGGUAUUCGCAUGCGGACCGUGUCACUGACCCAGCACUCCUCAAGCCUGAGCGGAUACAGCAGGUCAUCUGUGAAGGCAAGGACAUCUUCGGGAUGCUCCCAGAAGCCUACCGGUGGAAGGAUCUUAUCUCGCUCAUGGAUCCAGAUGCAACGCCCUCGGCGGUGCACAUCCCGAAGCACCUCAUCGAAAACAGCGAGCGCUUCAGAUUCCUCCUGCCUGGCGGUUGCAAGCGCGAGUCGUGAGGACGUCCCUGCGUACCCCAACUCGCACCUCCCGUCCCGGCCGGACUCUCACCACAAAGCAAGCCUCCAGCACCUGCACCCGCUACCCGUCUCAGCCUCGUGCGACCUAGGAAUGGCGGACAGACGGCGGAUACCAGUUACUACGCUUCGCGGAGCCGCGCUUGCAAUUGCUCGGGCUCAGUCCGAGGCAGCGUCACUGCCAGCACGUUCGACCGCACAUCUUGUAUCAACACCCAGCCCGUGUACAUCUACAGCACUUACUCACCAGUACCCUACCAUGCUUUAUUUAUUCGCAUCACGCCCGGAUCCCUCCAA